UCCGAUUGCGUCGUGUUAGCAAAUGUGAUUUUCUGUAGCCAUGGACAACAACCGAGUUUAAUACCUCAAAAAAGGCUCCCUUACUUUGAUUACAAAACUCACGUAUCUUCAUGAUUUGCCGCCAAAUUCAAAACGUCCUCCAACGGUCGAAAUCUACCACCCAUCUUCUUCAACUUCAGUCGCUGGUGUUCAAAACCGGUAUCGAUCAUGACGCCGAGUUCGUCUCUCAGUUUGUCCUUUCCGCUUGCCCGAUUUCGGUGGGUUUCGCAAAAUUAGUGUUCGAUAACGUACCCAUUAUUCCUCCACUUUUUGCUUGGAAUACAAUUAUUAGAGAAUUCACCAAGAGCUCAGCUCCGAUUGAAUCAGUGAGGCUGUUCUCUCGGCUUCAAAGGGUUGGGCUUCAACCUGACAAUUUCACGUUCCCUUUUGUUAUAAAAGCCUGCGGUCAGUGCUUGAUUGUUGGAGAAGGUGGGGCGGUGCAUUCAAUGGUUAUAAAGGCAGGUUUCAACUCGGAUCGAUAUAUAGGAAAUACUCUUUUGAGAAUGUAUGCAGCUUUCAGCGUGAUCGGGCUUGCAAGGCGAGUGUUCGAGGAAAUGCCUGUUAGAGAUAUGGUUUCUUGGAGCUCCAUGAUUGCAGGAUAUGUUGCUUGCAACUGCCUGUCAGAUGCUUUUAAGGUGUUCCGACACAUGAAGCUAGCAAAUGAAAAGCCAAACUCAGUCACUUUGGUCAGCUUGCUUUCUGCCUGUACUCGUCUUCUCAAUAUCAGCAUUGGGGAGUCCAUCCAUUCCUACAUCAUCAUAAACCACAUCUCGUUGGAUGUUGCUUUAGGGACAGCUCUCCUGGAAAUGUACUCCAAGUGUGGGUAUAUUGAGAAAGCUUUCCAAGUUUUUGAUUCAAUGGAUGAGAAGAAUUUGCAGUCUUGGACAAUUAUGAUAUCUGGUCUUGCACAUAAUGGCCAUGGGCAAGAUGCUAUUUCAUUGUUUACUGAGAUGGAACAAUCUGGACUGGAACCAGACAGCAUGUCAUUUGCUGGGAUCUUGUCAGCUUGUAGCCACCUGGGUCUUGUCCAUGAAGGGGAAAAGUAUUUUGAUCAGAUGGUAAGAAUUUAUGAUAUCAAGCCAGCAAUGGAGCAUUAUGGAUGCAUGGUGGAUUUGCUUGGAAGAGCUGGGUUGAUUGAUGAAGCUUAUGAGAUUAUCAAGAAGAUGCCGCUGGAGCCUAACUCAAUAAUAAUAAGGAGCUUCUUGGGUGCAUGUAAAACCCAUGGACGAAGCAUUUGUUUGGAUGAUUACCUGAGGAAAAUUUUACUUAAAUUAGAGCCUGAACUUGGAGCAAACUAUGUAAUUGCAGCUAAUGUAUCUUCUUUAUCUGGUCGCUGGUAUGAUGCAGCUGACCUGAGAGUGGCCAUGAAAAAGAAGGGAUUGAUGAAGGUUCCGGGGUGCAGUUGGAUGGAAGUAGAUGGAGGUUCUGAGGAAAUGAUUUUUGAAGAGGCUGUAGGUUAAUUGUGGACCUCUGCCCAAUCGAGUUAUAUUUAUAUGGGAAUCUGAUGAUUAUGCUAGGAAAGUAGGGGUGGAGAAAAAUUUUUAUGUGAGAGGGACAAGGACAGAUAGAUGAAACACUGAUAUUGUUUUGAAGCUUGAGAGUUGUAUAGUUAUGUUCCCCUGUUUUGUGAAGGAGAGUUGUACUGCGGUGUUACUCCCACCCUAAAGUGCGUGUUUCUUAUCACACUAAUAUUUAAAAGUUAAAAGGGGUGAAUUCCUGGUUGAAUUGUCUUUGGUAACAAAGUGCUUGAGCUUCCAAGGAUUUUUGUUCUCGGUGACAGCCACAUUGUUAGCGUGGGAAUUAAGUUAUUUCUUAGUGAUACUUCUUCUAAUUUGAUGCACUUAUUCCCAAGAAGCGGUGCAGCCUACACACUGUUGUAAAUCUCAGCUUGUUUAGGAGUGUAAUGAAAUAAUCAUCAUUGUUUUCAAUAAAUAAAUUGAUUUCUCUGUAAUUUGGUAAAUGAACCAGGAUGUAAGACAUGCAAAAAUUUUCAAGAAGUAAGAUUUAAAUUUCUCAACAGUCCGUUUGGGCAAAGGGGUACCCAGGGACUAUUCCUCUGUUCCUAAUUUGUGCAGCAGAACUUUCAUGUAUAAUUUUUUUUAUUUGAUUCGCAUUGUGUUAGUUUUUCUUAAAGUAGUAUAAAGUUGUUGCAGUAUUGGAGAUUGGCAGGCCAAGCACAGGUGGACAUCAUGAUGUAUAAAAAUUCAGGUAAAAUCCUGCUGCAAAAAGUUGCCAGUUCUGUUCAUUUUCUGCCAUGAGGAAGUGAAGCUUUGCAUGGCAUUGCCAGAAGUGCUUAGUGGCAUGGGUUGGAUAUGGCAAUACAUCUUGUCAUUUGUUAGUGUCUAGAGCUUUGAUCUAUUUAAGCAUGCGAAGCAUCUCAAUUACAUGCUCAAUAGAUAAUUGUCAAAGCAGCCAGAAGCUUGCA